AUGUCUGGUGAGAAUCAUUAGAAACUGAAGCAUAUGAAAAAUAGUAUCCAAAAAAUAGAGAAACAGAACUGACAAAGAAAGAAAAAAAUAAAUAUCAUAUUUUACAAUAGUAUUUACUUAAUUGCCUUAUCAAUAGGACUUAUGAAGUAAAAACUUCAUGUGACAGGUUAUCUUUUAUUUAUUUAGUCAUUUUGGAAUCAUUUUAAGUAGUGUUUUAAUUGAUUAUUUUCAUUUAUCGUCGCACCGUCAGACAGAUACUAUUAAAUAUGGUUAAACUUCCUGGGGUUGUGUUAAAUAACGGUCUUCAAAUUCCAAUCUUUGGAUUAGGUACCUGGAAGUCUCAACCAGGUCAAGUAACUCAAGCUGUAAAAGAUGCGAUUGACAUAGGCUACCGUCACAUAGAUUGUGCCUUUAUAUAUGGCAAUGAAAAUGAAGUUGGUGAAGCUAUUUCUGCAAAAAUUGAAGAAGGAAAGGUGAAAAGGGAAGACUUGUGGAUUACCAGCAAACUAUGGAACACAUUCCAUAGACCUGAUCUUGUCGAAGGUGCUUUAAGAAAAUCCCUAAAGAACUUGAGGGUAGAUUACUUAGAUUUGUAUUUAAUACAUUGGCCAAUGGCAUACAAGGAAGGAAACGAUCUUGUCCCCAAAGAUUCCGCCGGUAAUGUUAUCUUUAGCGACGUGGAUUAUGUCGACACUUGGAAAUCAUUAGAAAAGGUGCAUAUGAAAGGAUUAGCCAAGUCUAUUGGUGUUUCCAAUUUCAAUAAGAGACAGAUUGAUAGAAUUUUAGAAAACGCUACAGUUCUCCCUGUUACUAACCAGGUAGAAUGCCAUCCUUACCUCGCCCAAAAGAAAUUGGGUGAUUAUUGUAAGUCGAAAAACAUUGUCAUCACAGCAUACAGUCCUCUUGGAUCACCAGAUAGGCCAUGGGCUAAACCAGACGACCCCAAAUUAAUGGAUGACCCUAAAUUGAAGAGCAUUGCUGAAAAGUAUAAGAAAUCCUCUCCUCAAAUUCUUCUCAGGUAUCAAGUAGAAAGGGGGCACAUUGUCAUUCCAAAAUCAGUUAGUAAGCAAAGAAUUAUAGAAAAUAUUGACAUAUUCGAUUUUAAACUGACUCCAGAGGAUGUAGCUUACAUCAAUUCAUUUGAUUGCAAUGGAAGAAUUUGUCCGUAUGAUGAAGCAAAAACGCACAAGGACCAUCCGUUUGUAAACGAUGAGUAUUAAGUAAUUUGUAAAACUAUAAUUUAUUGGAUUUUAUUUAAAGGGCUUAAUUGAUUAUUUCAUUUAAAAAAUGGUCUGUAAUGUAAAUUGUUGUGUAAUUUAAAUUAAAUGUGAAAGCGAAUUGGUAUUUAAAUAUAGUACAAUAGAUUAUGAAAUUGCAAAAGCAUAAACGACCGUCGUUACUUAAA